AUGACCGCGUCCGCGCGUACUUUAGGUACUUCCGCGGGGCCUGCGCAGCGCGCGGCGCCCGCGUUCGCUGCGGCUGGCGGAGCGGCCGGCUCGGCCCGCCCAGCUGCGGUGACGUCAUCGCGCCAUGCUAUGGCGGGAAAACGUGCGAUGUCGCUUACUCGCGCGCACUCCGAUGUGCAAUAUAAUGCACCGCGCAAUAAUAACUCUUCGUUUGCGCGUAACUCGCGUACUAUGAGCGUCCAUGCUACAACUGCGGUGGAUUAUUUAAAUAAAUUUAAAUGCGCGUAUUGUAAGGACAAUUAUCAUCCUUUAUAUAAAUGUGAGAAGUUUAAUGCACUCGCUCUAAAAGAACGAAAACAUUUCGUGGAACAAAAUAAACUUUGUACCAAUUGUUUAUUCAUUGGCCACGAACUAAAAGAUUGCAAGUCGCGCCAUACUUGCCGCGUCUGCACUCAAAGGCACCAUUCUUCAUUGCAUGAAGAUGCGCCUACUCCAACCGUCUUACUGACUACGGAGUCUUCUUCUUCCCCUGAGUUGCGCUCAGUAGCGGAAACCUCCUCGCCCACUCCAUUACAUGGAGCUACGGGGCAUCCUUCUAGUAAGAACUGUACGGUCUUACUCACGACUGCGCUUGUAAAUUUACGACCCUUGAACCAGGGGCCUUACACGCCGCGGUCCGUUCGCACCCUUGUGGAUCAAGGUGCGCAGACCACGCUCAUUUCUGAGUCGUGCGUCCAACGUCUCGGCCUGCCGCGGUACUCCGCGCCCACGGGCACCACUCUCACCGGUAUUGGUGGCGAAGUCCAACCACGGGGUUACGUGUUGUGCGAGGUCACACCUCACAACAAACCCGAGCCGAAGCUUCACAUCGAAGCUUAUAUCUUAGCUGACUUGACAAGCUACACUGCUUAUAUUCCUAAAUCAAUUGGGAAUAUUCAUAAGUUUCAACACCUUCAAAAUCUUGAUCUAGCGGACCCAGAACUGCGCUCAACGCGGCCUGUUGAACUGAUACUGGGAUCUGAUUAUCUUGAUAGCAUACUGCUACUGGAUAAUAUCAAGGGUCCACCGGGCACACCCGUGGCCAUUAACAGCAUUUUUGGUUAUCUGAUAGGUGGUCCAAUUUCAUAUGAAAGUAUGAAACGAUUAAGUGUCAACUUGAGUACUUGCCAACUUGACAUGAAACUUCAAAGGUUCUGGGAGUUGGAAUCCAUACCAGAACAUCCACAUCUUACAAAAGAUGAAUUACGCUGUGAGUCGAUCUUCGUCGAUACUCACACACGAGAUGCAAAUGGGAACUAUACAGUUUCCCUACCCUUCAAGGAGAAUGCUCCGCCCUUGGGCGAGUCUCGUGCUAUAGCUCUCUCACGCUUAACUAAACUAGAGGCUCGCCUGUCUCGCGACCCUGCCUUGCGUGAGAACUAUAAUAAAUGUAUCCAAGAAUACUUAGACUUGGGACAUAUGGAGCCAGUCACUGACUCAGCGAGUCCUGGCACUCCCCCCUACUAUCUACCUCACCACGUCGUGGUGAAGAGUUCCACAUCCACUACGAUUACUGCGAAGAGUACGAAGUAUCGUAUUGUGUAUGACGCUUCAUGCAAGACUACAUCAGGUCGUUCUCUUAACGAUAAUCUUCUCACUGGUCAGAAAUUGCAGCAAGACAUUUCUGAUAUUUUACUGAAGUACAGACUUCAUAAAAUAGUCUUUACGGCAGACCUCAAAAUGAUGUAUCGCUACAUCGGUCUUUGUAAAGAACACCGUGACUUCCAUCGGAUUCUUUGGAGAUUCUCUCCCCAUGAUCCCGUAAAGGAAUAUCGUAUGUGCUCUGUCACAUUCGGCGUCGCUUCCGCGCCGUUCCUAGCUUUGCGAACACUUCGUCAAUUAGCAAUUGAUGAAGCUGCUAACUUCCCACUUGCCUCGCAAGUACUCCUUAACGAAGUAUUCGUUGAUGAUGUCGUUACUGGAGUUGAUACGGUUGAAGAUGCUAUCACUCUUCAGCAUCAACUAACUUCCAUUUGUAAAGCAGGAACCUUCGAACUCCGCAAAUGGACCAGUAACAGUUCUGAGUUUUUAUCGCAUUUAAGCGAUGACGCUUCCAUUCAUGAUGACGCUCUCAUUUUGUCAGCACUUGACACUGACGCUUCUGUCAAGGUCUUAGGGCUUAAGUGGAACCCUAAAUCCGACGUCUUUUCCUAUCAAACGGAUGGAGUGGCUAACUCACGCAAAUGUACGAAACGUAUAAUGUUGGCAGAAAUCGCUAAGAUUUACGAUCCCCUCGGAUUUCUAAGUCCAGUGACCGUAUUCGUGAAGCAUUUAAUCCAACUUUUAUGGGUAUCAGGCUCAGGUUGGGAUGCUGCCCCUCCUCAGGGUAUAUGUGACUUGUGGUUUCGGUUCAUCGACGAACUGCCGCUACUACAAGACAUUGCGUUACCUCGUCACGUGCUUCCUAGCACACAUCAAGUGUCACUUCAUGGCUUUUCAGACGCAUCUGAAAAGGCGUACGCCGCCUGCGUCUACAUUCGUGUCGUUGACUCGAACGGUGCCAUCAGCACCCACCUUCUCAUAGGUAAAACAAAAAUUGCGCCUUUGAAACGGCUUACUACCCCUCGAUUGGAGCUAUGCGGUGCUCAUCUAUUGUCAAAAUUGAUAAAAAAGGUCCUCACUGCUUACAGCAGUAGAUUGUCUUUCGACCAAGUCUACGCUUGGUCCGAUUCCACUAUAACUCUUGCCUGGUUACGUUCGUCUCCAGACAAGUGGCGGACAUACGUAUCUAACCGCAUCGCGGAGACAACAAGCAACGUGCCUGCCUCUCAUUGGAACCACGUUCAAUCCGCAGACAACCCCGCAGACCCCGCGUCUCGUGGUGUUCUCCCAUCUCAGUUGAACCAUCAACUAUGGUUCACGGGACCUGCUUGGCUCAGUAAAAAUGAGUCUGAGUGGCCUAAGACUAACGUCGUAUGCCACACCGACGAAGAACGUCGCAAGCAUGUUCUUCUCACACAAACCAAUGAACCUAAGAGCUUAGAGUUCAUUGAGCAAUUCUCAUCGCUUCCAAGGAUGCUACGCGUCAUUUCGUAUAUGUUACGAUUCGUAAAUAAAUGUCGUAAAGCCAAUAGUCCUACGACUAAACAUGUCACAGUUCCUGAGACAAAACAAGCUCUCAGUCGAAUUAUAUCACUUGUCCAAAGUGAAUGCUUUUCUGAAGACAUCUCGCGUCUUAAGGACGACGACAGAUGUACAAAACGUCUUCAGAAACUGAAACCUUUCUUGGACGAUGCCGGACUCCUCAGGGUCGGCGGCAGAAUAAAUCGGGCCAACGUACCGGAAGUCCCAACUUUAGCUGCCAAUUUAGGGAAUAUAGGUCAGGUAGCUGAAGGUGUUUCGGUGGAAGCCACACACGUCACUCCAGAGAGCAGACAAAAAGAGACCACACCAAUAGUCAACUGCCUUGCGACAGAGAUUGCUAACGAAGAAACUUUAUUACCCACAGCCCUAGUAAAGGCUGAGUCGCAGACAGGAUUAGGUGGCGAACAGACCUCUGAGGUCCCUAAAUAUGCAGUUGAGUUAAAAGUUCAUUCGCUCACCGAUCCCACCUUUAAUAUUGUAUUGAAAGCGUAUGUUGUCAAGAAGAUCACUACUUACCUCCCAAGUGAAAAGGUAGUAGCUCCAGAGUGGGCGGCGUUAAAGCAGACCAAGUUGGCUGAUCCAACCUCAGCGCACCACCCUAGGGUGGAUUUUAUCUGGCCCACUAGGUUCGGCGAAUAUAACUGA